UGUAAAUGUACGAGACUUUCCUGUUGGUGGGAUAUAAGAUAAGCGAAGCCACAUAUUUCUCAGACAGAGACCAACAAACUCUCCGGCAAACAAGAGCUGACUUCUUUUUCCUCCAGAAAUUUCCCUAAUUUAUAAAAUUUCCACCCAGUUUACAUUCAGAAAAAAAGAGCGGACCGGCGCCAAGGAAAGAAAAGUGGACAAUCUUCAUGAAAAUUAUUGAGCAGUCUGAUAAGCACGGAUAAGUUCGACGAGGAAUAUUUUUUUUAAACUCCGGAACACACAUCUCACCCCGAAAAAAUUUAAAAAAAACGAGCCAUUGCAAAUUUCCACUAAAGAUGUCACAACGUCUGAACCCCAUGCGCGGUGGGAGCGGCGCUUCUUUCGUGGUGGCAGGCGCGGGAUUGAGAAGACCUCACCGCGACCGCGAGGCCAGCAACCUGCCCAGUAGCUGGAUCAAAGCGUACUCCCACUUUGCGGACGGUUUGGCCGCCAAGAAAGGGGCGUCGAGUUCCUUCAUCGUUCCGGAAGUGGGGGCGACCAAGAGGAAAAGGCUGGCCAAACCGCUCAAAUUUAGUGACGACGACCAUGACGACGACGACAAGGAGAACAACACGAUGGCGAAUCCGCUGGCACGAAUUGAAAAGUGGGUGAACCACCAGCGCGCGUCCUUUGACCCGGCGAGAGACACCUUCGCGCCUGACAGGGACACCUUCGCCUCCUUCGUCGACACGUCGUCGCCAACCCUCGUGACCUCGUCCGUUAUCCCGAAUCAGUCGUCAGAUUUUUCACUCAGAAACGCCUCCACGCUUGCGCAAUCCAUGGCGGAACUCGACGCCGCGAUGGACGCGACUGACUUUCCCGUGGCGUUUCAAAACUACGAGAAAAGGAGGGCGGAACGACGCCGAGGAAGGAAAACCGGACGAGCUGAGCGUCUCCUGAAAAUUGUGGAGGAGCCGGAAACGCCGGAAAGGGAAGAAGCUCCCGAACCCACCGCGUCUCGAACACGCACAUUACGCCAAAAUCUAAAAGAAGAGUCGUUCACUUGGGAAACACAACGCCACCGGUGUCACGUGUGUGGAAAAAUUCUCUCCUCCAAACAAGACUUGAUCUAUCAUCGUUUCGUCCACCCCUCCGAAGACGAGAAAACCGCCAUCGUCAAGCAGGGAUCGGGUCAUGCGUGCUAUUUUUGCCACAGGAAAUUCCUCCACAAAAGCACUUAUCAUGCUCACCUAGCCACCCACACGACGGGGAAACCUUUCCGCCGCGACCAGUACAGUUCGAAACGUGACUUAACCAAGCCCACGCCCAUUCACCGCGCGGAUCUGCGACCAUUCAAGUGCACCGAAUGCGACAAAGCUUUCGGUCAAAAACAUCAUCUGGUCAGCCAUAAGAAGAUAGUUCACCAGAAAGUGAAGGACUUCGCGUGCCCCGAGUGCGUCAAGAAGUUCGGGAGGAAGAGUGACAUGGUGACACAUUUGAACGGUGUUCAUGCCAAAAUCCGACACCCUUGCCCCCACUGUGGGAAGACGUUCACGCAGAAAGGCAAGCUUGGGAUGCAUUUGAAGAUGGUGCAUCCCUCCGAAUAAUAAAGUCCUUCGUCCCCCAACUGCAUGACCCCUCAUCAAAUUGCGACAUGUUUCCCAUACUUUUUCAGUUUUGUUUAUAACUAUUCCGCUUUCACUAUUUACGACACGAUAAAUACUCUUGUACGAUGCAUAAAAAUUGCAUUAUUGAAGUAUUAAGUUAUAAACAUGACGUAAUUUCGUCCCCCGACUGACCCCUCGUCAAAUUAUGACGUAUUCUUUAUAUUUUUCCGGUUUCACUACGAUAAUUAUUCCCAUUCGACUGAUAAAUAUGGCAUGAUUGAAGUAUUAAUUACGUUGUAAGCAUGACACUAUUUUUGUUACCUGUUAGACCAUACCGAUUUUUAGUUAGUAAAGUCAUUCCGUUUUAGAUAAAAAAAA